UUGGCGACCUUCUCGGUUCUAGACAACACGAACAAACACACGUAAACAAGUCCAAGAAAAGUUUUGGAACACGCAAAGCUGUGAGCAAUGUGCGGCGGCGCCAUCCUCGCGGAGCUGAUCCCGCAACCGCGGCGCGCGGCGUCGAAGCCGGUGACCGAAGGCCACCUCUGGCCGGCGAGCUCCAAGAAAGGCGGCGGCAGGAGCGAGAGGCGUCACCACAAGGACGACGCCAACAUCGACGACUUUGAGGCCGCCUUCGAGGAGUUCGACGACGACUUGGACGAGGCGGUGGAGAACGAGGAGGAGGUUGAGGGCCACUUCGCGUCACGACCCUUCGUGUUCUCGUCCAAACCCGCGUUCUCCCUAGCCCACGACGGGCGCGCGGCACGGGCGGCUAGCCAGAAGAAGCGCGGCCGCCGCUUCCGCGGCAUCCGGCAGCGCCCCUGGGGCAAGUGGGCGGCGGAGAUCCGCGACCCGCACAAGGGCACCCGCGUCUGGCUCGGCACGUUCAACACCGCCGAGGACGCCGCCCGGGCGUACGACGUCGAGGCCCGCCGCCUCCGCGGCAGCAAGGCCAAGGUCAACUUCCCCGCGCCCAGCGCGCGCCCACGCCGCGCCGACGCAAGAUCGGCGCCAAAACCGCAAUCCCCUGCUGCAGCGCAGCCCGCUUCGCGUGGAGGACAGAACAAGCAGGAACAUCUGGUCGUGAAGCCUGAAACGACGGCAUCGUUCGACAUGGACAGCUUCGUGGACCUGACCUACCACGCCGCGCCUCCGGCCAUGGCGAGCUCCUUCACUGGCAGCGCUGAGUCGGAGUCCGGGAGCCCUGCAAAGAAGCUGAGGUACGACGACUCAUCGGAUGGGAGCUGCGGGGGCACCUCGCUGGAGCUCGCUGGCCAGCUGGAGUUCGAUCCGUUCAUGCUGUUUCAACUUCCCUACUCGGAUGGGUACGAAUCCAUCGACAGCCUGUUCGCCGGCCAGGACGUGAACAAUGACAUGAACGGCGUCAGCCUGUGGAGCUUCGACGAGUUCCCCGUCGAUGGCGCUGUCUUCUGGAGAGGCGGCGUUGAUGUUCAACCAGACGAUGCAGCUGAGGGCGACAUGGAUAUUUCUUACUUGCUGAUUGAAAACCCAGGGGACUCUCAGACGGCCUUUGGCACCGUGGGCUCGAAAGAGCCCACGUUCAGCCAAAAUUCAGAAGGUGCUACAUCGUCAGCUCGUCCGUUUAGGAUCUGCGUGUUUUUGUCAAGAUUGUUCGUAGCUUUGAGAAUUCCACUUGAAGCCCGCAGAGUUGGCGCCCACAAGGUUGAGGACCCGGUGCGACGACGAGGAGGAGCCAACGGUCUUCGCCGGCCCAUGUCACCGGCCGGGUUUCUCUAUUUACGACUCCGGCGCGCGAGGCUCGGCUGCCCCUCUCCCGCGGAGCAGACUUGCAAACUUCGGCCAAGAACGGUGAAAGAAAGCCAAGACGACGAUCGAGACGACGAUAUGUGCGGGGGAGCGAUCCUCUUCGAGAUCAUCCACGCGCAGGCGGCGCAGCACCGGCUGCUUACGGCGGCCGACCUCGUCCCGAACGCGUCCCCGGCCGUUCCGUCUGAAGCUGGUGCCUCGAGGCCGGAAGCCCCUUCUCUUGCUGCUGCCUCCGUUCCUACGAGCUCGACGCUACGCGUGGCCGGCCCAAGCUACAAGAAGUACAGGGGCGUCCGCGAACGCCAGCCGGGCAAAUGGACGGCAGAGAUCAGGGACCCGCGGCAGGGGCGGCGCGUGUGGCUCGGCACGUACUGCAACGCCGAGGAGGCCGCCCGAGCGUACGACCGCGCGGCCCGCCGGAUCCGCGGGAAGAGGGCGCAUCUCAACUUCCCGCGUCACGAGGGCUCUAGUAGCCGUCGGACGCAUCCGCCGGUGGUCAUCGACCUGAACCUGCCGGCCGUCCCCGAUGAUCUCCACGGCGUGGCUGCUGAUGAGACGAUGGUUGUGGAUUCAGUCGCAGGCAGCGUUAGCCAUGCAGAGAUGGGCGAUGCGGCAGUGGGGAGCACACUACUGACGAGGAUCAGGGAGCUGAUCAUGCAGGGUCCUCACGACGAGCAGAUGGCGAGCAUCGUGCGUGAACUGAUGAACGGAGCUGACCAGGCCGGAGAGUUGCAGCAUGCGGCGUUGAUCUCUGAAUGCUGCCGCCGGAUGGAAGAGAUCGCCGCCUUGAGGAGGGACGUUGAGAACCGCAAGAGGCAGCUUGUUCGGCUGGUUUCUUCUCAUCUGCUUGGUUGAUGUCUUGAUCGUCGCGCUGAGACACUGGGGGUGUUUGCUAGAUUAUGUAUGAUAAAUGGCGGAUCCAGCAGGGUCAUCAUGUAAGAUGAUCCGUCGCUUCUUCUUCUUUCUCGUCUUCUUCUUCCGUGUUUAAAAAUUAAAAGUGAGCUCAAGGGCUCCCAGCUACGCCCGGAGGUGCGAGGCUUGAGCCCCUUCACCCACGGUGGAUCUACCCAUGUGUAUGAUUG